AUGAUAACCAUUUUAAAAAAGCAAGAAAUGAUGUCAAUUUGUGGUAUCAAGAGAGCUAUCCAUUCUUUUGACCAAAAAUUCUGUAGCAUAGUCAACAGGCAUACACAAGCCUGGGGAGUAUUUCAAUACAUCAUGGCUCUCUUUGCUAGUGCCUUCAACAAUAAGCAGGCAUUACUUCUAUGGGGUUGUGUACUUUGGUAUUUGCCUUUAAACCCAGCAUCAAUUUUUGCUUGCGUGGGAUUACCUGCUCUGACCCUCAUUCUUACCUUGAUUUCCAAAAAAGUUAUUUCAAGGCCUAGGCCAGAAGCCUGCUCGAAGAGAACAGAAAUCCUAAAAUACAAUCUGAGAGGAAUAGAAAAAAACCAUUCAAUGCCAUCUGGAGACUCUGCACAAGCUGCUUUAUUCUGGAGCUUCUUACACCUUAACUUUGAAUUUCCAUUGUGGGUUUGCUUUAUUAUGACGGUCUCAACUAUGUUUUCGAGAAUUUACUAUAUGUGCCAUUUCCCUUCAGAUACAAUAAUUGGGGCAAUUCUUGGGACUUCGCUGGCUAUAAUAUAUACUAAUCAUAUAAUGAUUUAAUCGCCUCAUAGCUUUUAGAAAACUUAGGCCUUGUCUUAAUUUUAAGCAAAAUCAAUAAAUAUAAUUGCUAUAUACAAUGAUAAUAUUUAAAAAUUUUUCACUCCUUCCUCUCUCAGUGAGUAAAGAAAAAAAUUUUGUUUGCUCAUGGAAGGAGGGGGAGUAA